CUAGUAUGAUUUUAUGCUAGCAUUAAUUGUCUUGCCGCCUCCUCGAUUUUAACGUCUCUAAAUGUCUGUCCUCUGCCCACCGACCACGUAUCUUCCACCGAUCGCCAAGAUCGCGAGUUUCUCCGUCACCCAGCUUCUCGAUGCUUUGACUUAUUUACAGUCACUUUACCAUCCAGAAGUCCGUGGCUCACGUCGCAAACGUGUGCAGGUGCCUGUAUCUAAUGAAGAGAAAAAUUCACACCUUCGCCAUGAGGAUGAUAGCGAACUCCAAGCUAUCCGAUCUGACGCAUUCGAGCGCUCGUAUUCCAUUCGGUGGCUUACCACUUUAAUCGCACAGCUCGAGGUCUGGCAAGACUUAUCGCACUCUGAGGAAGUCUUAUUGGAUGAUCUUGGGACGCCAGAGCCUACCUUGGCUUACACAGAGAUACUCGUCCAACAAGCCGCAUCGCUACUCGCGAUUUGUGCCGGGGUCGCUGCUGCUGGAAUGAUCACCCGUAACUUCGUUUUUGGUUCUAUAGACGGGCAGAGGCGAGUGGAAGCGCAGCUCACAGACAUUCCGCUGGAUAACGAUGACUAUGGGAGUGUGGGAGCGCAGACAUGGGGCGGGGCAUGUGUCUUGGCAGAAAUGAUUGUGGAAGAUCCUGAGCGGUUUGGACUGGGUUCUUUCUCUCACGGCCCUGAAUCACGCAGGCUCAAUGUCCUUGAGCUCGGAGCAGGAACAGGGUUGGUUAGCUUGGCGGUUAUGAAAUUACUGGAUUCAUUGCCGUUUUUCAACCAUCGCGAGGUUCAUGUGGUUGCGACUGAUUUCCAUCCUUCUGUGUUAGCCAACCUCAGAUCAAAUGUUGACGCGAAUGUCUCCACGCACAAUCAAAUUACUUCAACCCAUUCCAUUACCACUCAUUUCCUCGACUGGUCAUCAUUCUCUACUACUCCUCGACCGGAUUGUCUUUCGUACCCAUUUGAUGUGGUCCUCGGUGCAGACAUCAUUUACGAAGCCCAACAUGCGGUUUGGAUCAGGGACUGUCUGAAAGGGCUCGUGCGACGUCCUUCUGAUAGCACCGUGUCUCCCGCCGCUUUUCAUCUUGUGAUACCACUUCGUCCAACGCACGCAUUCGAGUCAAACACGGUUGAGUCCGUGUUCCUCAAGGCAUGCGAUGUUGAUCCGAACGGUGAUGCUGAUCUUGUCAUUCUAUCGAAGGAAUAUAUCACAUGUGAUGCAUAUGGCGAUUAUACGCGAGGACAAGGUCUCGAUGAAGACGUGGAGUACGUUUAUUAUAAAAUUGGCUGGUUUAAUGCACGAUUGUAGAAUCAUAUGCAUAGAAUCUAGAUUACAUAGAGUUGCAUGCUACUAGAUGUCGCAUUUUAUAGGGUAUUUCAUGUUGUGCGUAACAUGUCGACGGCAUGCAGUGGUCAUAUGAUAGACGUUUGUCUACAGAUC